GGAAGAAGGGGGGAGGGUGAGACGCGGACGGCACGCAGAGAGGCGCCGGGUCAACGCGCCAGGUAACAACGCCUCAGGACAUCCGCUCACGUCCUCGCCGCCGACGUCCUUCUCGUCGUCCUCGUCGUCGUCGUCGUCGUCGUCGUCGUCGUCGUGGUCGUCGUGGACGGCGUUCUCUCUUCUCCUCGAACGUGGAUACCGAGCCUCGUCCCACGGAUAUUACCAUGUCCUUCCACGCCGCCUCCUGGAGCUUCGCCCUCCUCGCGGCCACGGUCGCGUUGCUGCCCGCCACGCAUCGUGCCCCGUUCGCGCAAGCCGCAACCGGCGGAGGCAGUAUGCUGAAUGACGUCAACAUCUCCGCGAUAUUGGACUCGUUCUCCGUCAGUUACGAUAAAAGAGUAAGGCCGAACUACGGAGGUCCACCAGUGGAGGUCGGCGUCACCAUGUAUGUCCUCAGCAUCAGCUCCGUGUCCGAAGUGUUGAUGGACUUCACGCUGGAUUUUUACUUCCGGCAAUUCUGGACGGAUCCACGGCUCGCGUUCAAGAAACGAACGGGGGUCGAGACGCUGAGCGUCGGCUCCGAGUUCAUCAAGAACAUCUGGGUACCCGACACGUUCUUCGUCAACGAGAAGCAGUCGUACUUUCAUAUUGCUACCACCAGCAACGAGUUCAUUCGUAUUCAUCACUCGGGAAGCAUCACACGUAGUAUACGUUUAACGAUCACGGCAUCGUGUCCAAUGAAUCUGCAAUAUUUUCCAAUGGACCGACAGCUCUGCCAUAUCGAGAUCGAGAGCUUCGGAUACACGAUGAGGGACAUCCGGUACAAGUGGAACGAGGGACCGAACAGCGUCGGUGUCAGCAACGAGGUCUCCCUGCCUCAGUUCAAGGUCCUUGGUCACCGUCAACGAGCCAUGGAGAUUAGUCUAACUACCGGAAAUUAUUCGCGGCUGGCCUGCGAGAUCCAGUUCGUACGGUCGAUGGGCUACUACCUGAUUCAAAUCUACAUACCCUCGGGCUUGAUCGUCAUUAUAUCGUGGGUGAGCUUUUGGCUGAACCGUAACGCGACCCCCGCUCGGGUCGCCCUCGGAGUGACCACCGUGCUCACCAUGACCACCCUAAUGUCCUCGACGAACGCGGCGUUACCGAAAAUCUCCUACGUCAAGUCGAUCGACGUUUACCUGGGCACGUGUUUCGUCAUGGUGUUCGCCUCGUUGCUCGAAUACGCGACGGUGGGCUACAUGGCAAAGAGGAUUCAAAUGAGGAAGAACCGGUUCCAAAAAAUCGCGGAGAGUAUGAAGACGGCGAGGGAAAACCCGGGCCCACCCGGGGUGCCCGGUGAUCACGGCGAUCACGCGCCUAAGCAAACUUGGUCCCGUGUUGUCCAGGAGGUGCGGUUCAAGGUCCACGACCCGAAGGCACACAGCAAAGGUGGAACGCUCGAGAACACUAUAAAUGGGCGGGCUGACGAGGAGGCAGCGCCGGCGCCGCAACAUCUCAUCCAUCCCGGGAAGGAUAUCAACAAGCUUUACGGUAUGACGCCAUCGGAUAUCGAUAAAUACUCCCGCAUCGUGUUUCCGGUAUGCUUCGUCUGUUUCAACCUAAUGUACUGGAUCAUCUACCUGCACAUCAGCGACGUCGUGGCGGACGAUCUUGUGCUUCUCGAGGAGGCGAAAUAAACGAAGAUGGCGCGGCGAUCGCGCGUACGAGUCGGGCGAAACGUGCGGUUAAAGACGUGCGGUUACGAAAAUGUAUCGAGAAUUGGGACGAGACGAGAUCGACUCCAAGGAUCAAUGGUCCAGCGAACGGGCCGCGAACAUUGAAUACAACGCUGUGAUCACUUCGUUACGAGCCACGAAGUUAGAUAAAACUGUACAACGAUGAGACGACCGGUAAGGUUGGAUCGACGCGAGUGGAACACUUGUGAAAGGAAGAAGAUAAGGUGGAUGGAUGGAAGGGAGGGUGGGGAGUGAAAGUUAGCAGUCGAUCGAUCCGACUGGGAACACUGUUCCGCGAACACAGUGCGAGAAUGAAAAGUGUCGGAUCGGAAGGAGAAGAAAAUAGGCGAGCAAAAACCGGCCUCCACUCCGGGCUUCGAGUAGGGGUUAGAGACGGUCGCUGGUCAGACCGGUUGGACGACUAAAACGCGCUGUGACUACUACUACUACUCCUGUGACGAUUUCUUCAAUUUCGUAAAUUUCGCCUGCGACGCGAUGCUCGGAUCUUAUGCUCGUCGCUGAUUCUCGUCUCCCCCCGUGUUUUUUUUCUUUUUUUUUUUUUUUUUUUGUUUUUCGAUCACCACGAACGUGAACGUGAAUAUAAUCAUCCAACGAUACGCGAGAAAUCGAAAGUUGGGGAGACACGCGAAACAUGGUGGCGGAUGGAAGAUGGAGGAACGAUGGAGAUCGAGGACAAAGAAUAAGAGGGGGAAAAAAGUAACGAUAACGAAAUUCGAAAAACUAAAAGAACCGUGCAUAACUUUAAACAUUGCCAGUCUAGGUACCUAGGUCUUUAAAAAAAAAAAAAAAAAGAAAGAAGAGAAUAUAAACUUCGAUAUAAACACUUGUCAAUUUAGCCACCAUUAUAUACAUACAUAUAUACAUACAUAUAAAUAUAAAUAUAAAUAAAUAAAUAUAUAUAUAUAUACAUAGUAAAAAGAAAGAAAAAAAAAAAGAAAUUAACUAAACGUAAGAAGGAAUAAAAGAAAAAAAAAAAUAAGGAGCUCGAUUACGACGAAUCGAGACGAUCCGUAUCGAUGGAAAACGGUGAAAUUCUAAGAAAAAAAAAAAAAAACGAGUCGAUCGAGAUAUUGAACGAUCGUCGACUCGAAUGGCGCUCGAGUGUACAUGUGAUCGAGCAGAGAAGAGGAAUAAUCGCGUGAGAGUAUCUGCGUGUGAGAAUCCGCGUGAUUGCGUGUGUGCGCGCGCGCGCCACUGUCCUACGUGUGUACAAGUGCGUGCCUUCGAGUACGUGUGCGUGCGUGUGUAUGUGUGUAUACGUCCGUGUGUGUAUUCUACGAGCGCCAGCGCACGUGCACGAAAAGAAAAGAACAGAGGGAUCGAGAAGGGAAAAAAAGUUUUUAUUUCGAACGAAGACAAAGAAAGAAAGAAAGCAAAAAAAGAGAAAAAAAUAAUAAUAAUAAUAAAGAAAAAAAAAAAGAAGAAAAAAAAAAACGGUUCACUACCGGAGACUGGUGCGACUUAUAAUCCGUUAUAACAAAUAAACAACGUUCUAUAAUAAAUAAUACUACUACGUAUGCCACGUAAGGAGACGCGUAACACACGUGUGCGUGUAGAUACGUGUCGCGUACGUAUAUAUGUAUAUAU